AUGACUGCCAACGCCCCCCUUAAAAGUUCUCUUAGGACGAUUUCCCAUGCCGGCGGCCCAAACUCAAAGGCCCAUAUGGAACCGGGCCAUAGCAAUUCCUACAACACUGAACAAGAGCUCACGAGCUCGACAGGUGGCUUGUCCAUCGAGGAUAAAAUCGAAGGCGAGCUUCUUCGCCAUGACAGGCAACAGCGGGUGAAGAUCUUGGUUGGCCUGUUUCUCAAGACAUGCCCAGGCGAUUGGGAUAGCGGCACCGAUGUUGCAUUGUGUUCGCAGCUCAUGUCAGUGGUGGAUGGUAGGCAGCUUGAAAUGCGCUUUGAUGCCAUUGCUGUUGUGUGCUAUCGAUGGCAGCUUGCCCACCUGGCUGAUGUUCUGGUUCGUGUAUUUGGUCUCCCCAAGCCCAAUGGCGAGUCUUGUCUCAUGUGGAGGUACCAUGACUGGAGAGCCAGCGCCGGAAAAGUCUUCCAAUAUUUUGACCAGCGUUACAGCGCUGUAUGGGGCCAACUCGUGAACAGCUCUUUUGAGCCACGGCCUCUCAGGGACCAAGGACCUCCAUUUUAUCGCUUUCAGAGGUACGUGACUGCGGCAGUUGUGGAGGCCGACCUGGGACCGGAUGCUACGAGGGCUCUCGUCAACAAACUCAUUGAAUACAUGGUUGUCGCGAAGAAGACAUUGCAGGAACAGGUUAUUCAGGAUAAGGAGAUCCGUCACCGAGGCCGGAACUGGAUCAAGUCGGUCGGUCGGGCAGUUCGUCGCUCUCUCUCCCCUCGCAAGAGCAUCAGUGGCCAAUCCUACCGCGACCGUUCCGACACCGCAACCUCUCGGCACUCUCGUGGAGGCUCUUCCAGUUCUGUAAUGGACAAUAAGCCCAUCUUGACCUCUCCACGGGCGUCGGCUGAGUCCCAGAGACCUUCUUUCGACAUUGUUCGGAGACUGUCCGAGCGGAAGGGCAAGGGUUCCAAGAAGUGA